AUGUGCCCUUGCCUCUUUUCGUCUGUCGUCGUUGCCAAGCGGGUGAUAGUAUCCCCACCUCUAGCAAUCAAGCAACACCAAGGAAUUGGAAGAUGGUUAUCCUCAAUCCGACUUCUCGGAUCAGCCGCACCACCUCUAGCAUCCACUCCGGCCCUCAAAGGUGGAUAUUACCGCAUGCUUUGCCUCUCGCGCAGGAUGGAAAGGACAUGUCUGAUGUCAACGGCUCCUACCAAGGGGACCAUCGUCGUCCGGACCCGGGCACUGAGGAAUGUACCGCAAUGUCCCGGCAUUCCCACCAAGAUGCUUGCUUUCAUACUCCGUACAGCCAGUCGAGGAGGGACAACGUACCCAGGGGCCCGUCAGGCCAACGAAGAGGCCGGCCGUGAUGAAGGAAACUCUUGGAUUAGCCCUUUCGUUCCCCAGUUCUCUCUCUCCUCCCCCCCGUCCCCCGGUCUUCCCCCCCCAGAAGAACUCCCGCUUCACCCAGUCAUUCGUUGGACUCUGUCCCCUCACAUUCGUUCCAUAAUUCCAGGAUAA